UGGGCUUUCGGCUUUGACAGUCAGUCUUGUCACACAUCGUUUCGAAAGAUGUUGGGUACGGACGACCACAGGGACAAUCUGAAACGGAACGGGACAGGAAGGAAGCGUCCGUUCAGCCCACCCUCAGUGUUAGAGAUGGAGGAGGACAGGAGCGGGUUAGGAGUGGGGAUGGGGUUGACUGUGGACAGCGAGGUGUGCUGUGACCCCCAGGAGGAGGGUGUAGUCCUGGGGGAGCAGCCAGGUCCAGUUGGGGGCGCCCUGCCCUCCUCUGACCACAGCAGGCCCAAGAGGGAGAGGAAACAGCGCAGUUAUACACUGUGUGACGUGUGUAACAUCCAGCUCAACUCCCCAGCCCAGGCCCAGAUACACUACAACGGCAAGUCUCACCAGAAGAGACUCAAACAGAUGAGCAACGGGAAGGUCCAGCACGGCAACACAGGCACCUCUGCCCAGGGCAACCCCCUCCUGGCCUCCCUGCCUGUCCCGGGACGGCCCCUGCAGCCUCACCUCGACCUCAAGCACUUCCUGCCUUUCAGGCUCAAUGGAUCGUCCCCCCUCAGCCUCUUCCCUAACUUCAGCACAAUGGACCCGGUGCAGAAGGCGGUGAUCAACCACACGUUUGGCGUCCCUCAGCCACUCAAGAAGAAACAGAUCAUCUCCUGUAACAUCUGUCACCUGCGCUUCAACUCCCCGAACCAGGCAGAAGCACACUAUAAGGGGCAUAAACAUGCCCGGAAGCUGAAAGCCAUGGAGGCCCAGAAGAACCGUCAGCGUCGACUUGGGGAAGCCACAUCCACAGGCAGGGAGAGAGACCGGGAACGAGACCGAGAACGGGACAGAGAGAGGGCUAAGACUGCUGCGACUGUUACACUUCCCACUGAGACCCUCCCCGCACUCAUGGACACAGGCCCGAUGGAGGCAACGAAUCUGCUGCCUGCUGACCUGGAGCGAGUGGUGAAUUGUGAGGCUGUGAAGCUGGGCGAGAGCCCUGGCAGCAGCAGCUCUGUGAUGCUGACUCCUGUAUCUGAGGUGUCCUCCAUGGAGCUGGCCACCCUGUCCCCCGGGCCCCAGGGAGAGGUGUCCCCCUCCUCCCAGGCCUCAGAGAGCGGAGCCUCAGAUGCCAGUGGCCCCGAGCAGGGCCCAGAGGCCCCUGGAACAGCCCUGGAGUCAGGCAGCCAGCCGGACACCUCCAGAACAGAGGGGGGUGAGGAGGUCAAGGACCCCAAGAGGAUCAAGCCACACCUCCACUGUCCCGUGUGCAAGGUCACUGUCAACUCUACGUCCCAGCUGGAGGCACACAACAGUGGUACGAAGCACAAGCAGAUGCUGGAGGGCCAGAGCGUCCAGCCGCGGCGCCGGGGGAAGGUGGCGGGGGCUGGGGGGCGCUCGGCCUGCAAGAGCAAGCGCCUGGGCACCAAGGGCAGCGUGGGGGUGCCCAGCAAGAACUUCCACUGCGAGGUGUGUGAGAUCUAUGUCAACUCGGAGACCCAGCUCAGCCAGCACAUGAACAGCAGGAGACACAAGGACCGUCUGGCAGGAAAGCCCCCCAAACCCAAAUUCAGCCCCCACAACAAGAGCCAGCCCACCUCCAGCUUAUCGAAUGUGAGAUGGGCUGGGUAUGCAGGCGGGGCCGUGUCUGCCAUGAAGAAAAUGUUCAGCCAGUACAACCUCACCUCUCUCUCUACUCAGACCAAACUGGCCUUCCAGAAGCAGCUGACCAAGAGCCUGACCACUGGCUUCCUGCCUAGCCCCCUCACCCAGCCCACCUUGUGCACCAUGGCAACCAAUCCUCUGGCUCUGCGCCACCCGGCGGGCACCACCUUCUUUCAGACGCCCUUCCUGAGCCCCACCUUGUUCCGGCCCGCCCCGGGGCCCCUGAGGGCCACGCACCCCUCCAUCAUCUUCUCCCCUUAUUAAUGACACAGUACAGCCCCCCGUCCCUCUGUCCCCCUCUGCUAACCCUCUUGCCCCGCCUCCAUUACUGUGACUCACAUGACGAGGGCCACGCCACGCACAAACUAUGCAGACCACAGGAGCCAGGAUGGAGAGAACAGAGAGAACGAGGCUAACAACUGCUCCGGUCAGGGAGGACACACCCCCAAGACCCCGCCUCCUCUCCACCACGCCCCAUCUGUCUGCUCCUUCUCCUGUGGUUGGUGGCCUGAGGAACAGGACACAUCUCCAGGGCAUACUGGUGCAGUCAGGAGGCCUCUCUCUUACACAGCCAUUUCAUGGGUCGAUUUGGUUUGGAUUCUUAAUAUUAUUGUGUAAUUUAUUAGAGAACAAAAAUAGAUGUAUCUGUUUAGUGUGGUUGCCACAAAUAAGGUCCCUUUACGUCAUGCUACUCCUCAGAACAUUGUUUCUAUUAUUGGUUGGCUUGCUUUUUGUUGUUGUGGGUCGAUAUUGGGGAUGUUAGCAGGUGAGCCCAAUGCUCUCUGAGCUUGUGACUGUCUUCAGCCAUAUGUGGACCUGCAGCUCUGCAGACUUACGGACCCAAGUCUAUGAGUGGGAUCUGUCAGAACUAUAUGAACUCAUAUUUUUCCACCAACACCCUUCCACCAAGCCCCUAUCUCCCAAACCCUGUUACUGGGCUCUUGUCAUUGGAACCCAGAGCUCUAAAUUGAUGUGCAGAAUAGAUGCUGAAGCCCUUUCUCUCUCUCUCUCUCUCUCUCUCUCUCUUUCUCUUUCUCUCACUCUCUUUGAGUCACAGCCCAACAUGGCCUUUCAUAAUUCAUUUUUUACCCUGCAUUCUCAGAAUUAAGCACUCAUUAAGGUCCUGAAAAGGUCAGCUUGUCAACUUGAUUUUGUCUCAAGUUGCAGAUCUGCCUCAUUAAAGAUCUUUGCUCCGUAGCAGCGCUGGUGCAUUGGUUCUGACUGUCUCUAUUUCUCCCGUUGCGGAACGGGCAGCACAAAAUCAUUUUUAAAAGCCUGGCUGUCUUAUAUUGUAAUCUGCCAUGGUUCCCUGUAUCCCAGUGAUUUUAUUGUGCUUGAUCCCCCAAUUGUACUCCCUGAGCCAUAGUCCUUAAUUUUCUCUUGAGCUAUCUCAGCAGGAGCUGAUGGGUAGCAGUGAAUGACAAUUUCCCCUUGCUCAAAAAAAAAAAACACUAAGGGGUGGAAAUUACUUGAUGGGUUUACAAUCCUCAAUUAAAGGUUUCCACUGUGCAGAGAGAUGUGUGGAUGAUGGGGGUGUGAGAACACAUUUCCCAGAUCACUGAUUGGAUCAUCAGGAAUGGAGGGAAAGAAACAAAGCACAGUGCCAUGGCAACCACAUUAAAAGCACCUUAAACAGAUUUACUUAUGAAAGCAAUGAAAAUAUGUUCUAGUUUUUUUGUUGUUAUUCCUGGUGUGAUUUUUCAUAAACUCAUGCCAGUUUGAUUGAGCAUUUCUCAAUCACACAUACAAUCAACUUGUAACGAUUCAAUUGUAUCGUUGUCAUUAUCCAUGAGACAGGUCUGAAUCUAAAUCUCAGAUCUAGUUACAUUUUUAAAGCUAUAUGUUCAAUCAAUGUGUCUAUGUUUCGAACGGUUAUACAGUAGGAGAAUAUAGGAUGUUGGGGAGGUGGCUUUAUCUGAUUCUGAACAAUGUAUCUGUACCUCUACAGAGAUGCUCUACAGCCUACCGUACUGUAUUUGAAAGGCCAAUUCCAAGUGGCCAGUGCUAAGAGUCAUUUGAACUGAUGGGUUAUUGUGAUGCGGUUUCCCUUGAUGGUCAAUCUCAUGUUCAUGUUGUGACUGUGGGUUGAGCUAAGCUAUAAAUAGCAGCUCUCAUACUGUGGGAUGGAUGUUUCAGCCCUCUCUCUGUGUUGACAUUGCUGGGCUUUCACCUUACAGAGGAGCAUUACACAGCUAUUAUAUGGAUUUCACAGAACAGCCAGUGUUAUUGAUGUCUCAAGCGCAGUAGAACACAUAAUCACAUUCCCAUGCCCCUCUCUCCUAAACAAGUAGACCCACCUUGAAACGAACACUCAAUAGCUCCCACCAGACCAGACCCAAUACUUGGGGCUCCUGAUUUAUCCCAACACCAACUCUCUUUGCUGGUUUAUUACCAAACCCAACACUAACACCCAACCAGUCUACUUUAGCAACAGCAAAAUGGGGAAAAUCCUAUGCAGUUGUUCCCUUCAGUUCAGUCAGUGCAAUAGUAUUUCCAUGUGUGUGACGCAGCAGCGCCACCUGCAGCGAAGACCAUGUUAUGGCCCUUCUAGAUCAAACCCAGCACUGUCUCUCCUCCAUCUUUUCGAAUCUCUUUGAUUCUGUACAUGUUUCUGAGGCCUUUGUCUUUGGGAAUAUGAAACCAAGCCGUCAGGUCUCUUUGCCAUACCAAUGUGAUUCUCUCCAGUCACAGUAAGUUACUCAGUGAACCAGCCAGCCUAUUGAUCUCCAGUGUUCGUUCCGUCUGUCUGUCUGUCUGUCUGUCUGUCUGUCUGUCUGUCUGUCUGUCUGUCUGUCUGUCUGUCUGUCUGUCUGUCUGUCUGUCUGUCUGUCUGUCUGUCUGUCUGUCUGUCUGUCUGUCUGUCUGUCUGUCUGUCUGUCUGUCUGUCUGUCUGUCUGUUCUGUCUGUCUGUCUGUCUGUCUGUCUGUCUGUCUGUCUGUCUGUCUGUCUGUCUGUCUGUCUGUCUGUCUGUCUGUCUGUCUGUCUGUCUGUCUGUCUGUCUGUCUGUCUUCUGUCUGUCUGUCUGUCUGUCUGUCUGUCUGUCUGUCUGUCUGUCUGUCUGUCUGUCUGUCUGUCUGUCUGUCUGUCUGUCUGUCUGUCUGUCUGUCUGUCUGUCUGUCUGUCUGUCUGUCUGUCUGUCUGUCUGUCUGUCUGUCUGUCUGUCUGUCUGUCUGUCUGUCUGUCUGUCUGUCUGUCUGUCUGUCUGUCUGUCUGUCUGUCUUCUGUCUGUCUGUCUGUCUGUCUGUCUGUCUGUCUGUCUGUCUGUCUGUCUGUCUGUCUGUCUGUCUGUCUGUCUGUCUGUCUGUCUGUCUGUCUGUCUGUCUGUCUGUCUGUCUGUCUGUCUGUCUGUCUGUCUUGUCUGUCUGUCUGUCUGUCUGUCGUCGUGUCUGUCUGUCUGUCUGUCUGUCUGUCUGUCUGUCUCUGUCUGUCUGUCUGUCUGUCUGUCUGUCUGUCUGUCUGUCUGUCUGUCUGUCUGUCUGUGUCUGUCUGUCUGUCUGUCUGUCUGUCUGUCUGUCGUCUGUCUGUCUGUUGUCUGUCUGUCUGUCUGUCUGUCUGUCUGUCUGUCUGUCUGUCUGUCUGUCUUUACAUGGGAACUCUAUGGUAUUCAGACAUUUAAGGACAUUUUAAAUAAAUAAAUGCAUAUAGAGAAGGCAAAUUAUCUAUGUAGAAAAUAUAGAGUAAUAUAGACAUUUGUUGCUAUUGUUAUCUUUAUCUUGAUGAAACGCUAUCUUAGCUGAGGGUAGACUGUUGAUGUAGGCUACAGCAGACACACGCUGUACAUGGAAAGGAGAAAUACUUUGCUUGUUUUUUCCUGUAUGGUUUAUUUACAUGGUUUUACUGUGCUUGUUUUUUAACCUACAAAAGAGACAAAUGUUGAAUCAAAAGUUGGUUGAGUGAUUUUUCUUUUUCUUUUCUUACGGAAUUGAAUUAUUAACGUCACACAAUAGAUGUGGAACAAAAAAUGCCUUUCAGAUGUAAUUAUCCAGUAUAUCCCAAGAGUGUCAACCGCUGGUCAGUUUCUGGCUUUCUCAGGGCUUACAGUUUCAGCUACAUUAAUACCAUACAAUCAUCCACACAAUCAGAGCCUCUCAAACGUCAUCGCCGUAGAGACGGGUCAUACACUGUACUUGUGGAUGACGUGAAAUAAUAGCCAUACAGAACAGGAUUGAAGAGGUUUCGAUGUAAGAUGUCCACACACGGAAUAUGACGGUCAUAUAGGAGGACAUUGUGGUGUGUCCUUGUCUCUCUUUUUCACUCCUCCGUCCCUGUGCACAGCCAAGGGAACCAUGGAUAGACCAGCCCAGAUACAGAGCUCAGUCCUGGGUAUAAUAAGGGAUCUGACACCAUGGAUAAAACAAAGCACUAGGAUCACAUUCUCUUCAAUUGCAGUGUGGUGAAAUGUCAAUUAUCUAUCAGUCUACCAGUGACCUAUUUCUUUCAGUAAAAUAACAUAUGCUGUAUGUAAUGGCAGGCUAUGAAACUGCAAGGCAGCCAUGUUGACUGAGGCUACUGCCAGUGAGGUGGGAGGAGCUGGCGUUUCUCAAAACUGAGUUUCCUUGGUAUAGGAUCUGCAUAUCACUGAUGUCAAAGCACAGCUUUCAUUUCCCCCUAUUUUAGAAAUUAGUUUUCACAGCAGGCAUUCAACGCUGCAAAGAUAAUUGCAUGAAGGUGAAUGGAGAAAGGCGUCUGCCCCCAUCCGAGUCCUGCCUGAUUAGCUCUGUUUAUACCUGGUUCCAACCUGAUGCCUUUGUCCUGAUCUUGUUCACAUUCUGAUUGUGCCCACAUUUUUAGACCCGUGUAGACAAUUAAAAGACGCAUUGUGAUCCGAUUUUAUAAGUGUAAACAGACAAGAUCAGGACGAAGGUUGCAUGUUAACAGCAGGUUUAAACAGGGCUAUUGACAGAGAAAGGAGUGGCAUGCUGAGGAUCAACAGUCUGAAUGAUAUUCUGGAUUAUCUGCACAGUAUUCACACCCAGAUGGUUUCAGUGGGCAGAACAUCAUAACAUCAUACUCUGGAGCGGCUCGAGACAAUGGAGAGAGAUUAGGUUCUGAACAAUAUCAUGGAAUGGUACUGGAUUCUGGACCACCACCACAGCUCAGCUCAGCUCUGUUCUUCACAGCUUUUCUCUGUCCUUCGUGUACAGAGCGGGUCCUGUGUCAUGUGCUCUUGAUGUCUGAACAGAAGCCAGAGUCAGUCUCUUGCCAUAAUGACGCCAAUCAUCAUUGUCUGUCUGGAGACUCUUCUGGACUGUAAUGAACUGUAACAAGCAUACCAUAAUGAUGUGAAUUUUGUUCAAUCAGCUAUUCAUUUGUUAGCUUCCCACCCAUGUCCUUGUUAAUUGGAAGUGGAGCCCGUUCUCAUAAUGUAGUUGGACAGCAUUGUUGUUCUCACUACAAGUGUAGGUCCUUAUGCCAGCUCUCCCCGUGUAGAAACGUUAGGUAAGCAGAAACACACCUCUCACAUUGCCAAAACCAGGGAAGUUCAAGUCAAGUGAUCACAUCCAUGUCUGAAGCCAGUCUCGGGAUGACGGAAGAAGCAUGGAACCUUGCAAGACCUCUCCACAAACCCCUACAUAUCCACAACACUGAUAUAUUGAUCUCUACCUGAAUGCUGUGAAGUGACACCCGUUUCUUUUGCUGUGGCAGUCAGUCUGUCAGUACCUGGUUCCUCCCUCUCUGUAUCAACCCCACAGGGACACGGAGUCAGUUCAGUGUGUACGUCAAGUUGUACAGUGCAUAUCAAUACCUGUGACUGCUUGGCUGCGGUUAGACAGCCAAUUCUGAUAUUCGUUUUGACGAAUUGGUCUUUUGACCAAUCAGAUCAGCUCUGAAAAAGAUCUGAUGUAAAAAGAUCUGAUUGAAGAACUGAAUUGGCCUGCCUGUGUAAAUGCAGCCCUUGUGUUCCAUUUAAAGCCUAUGGUACAUUACAAAACAUGUACUACGAUUCAGAGGAUAUUCUAUGAGAGGACAUGACCAGUAUUUAUUGUAGCACCUUUGUCACUGUGUUCACAGUACAUUUGAUUACAAUGAUCUUCAUGAUGUACAAUAGGAAUGGUAAGGUGGAAUAGAGAGUAAGAUCAUUUGACACGCUAUUGAGUCUUUGCUUUAAAUGGUUUUUUGUUCCGUCUGUAUAGAUAAUGCCUGGUUGGAUAUGAAUGACAGAGAAAUAAAUGGGGGAGAGAGAAAUAGACAGAGGGAGAAGUUGGAUAGUGAAAUAAAUCGAUUAGAUCUUUCACUUCCUCAGCAUCACUUUGUAUUUUAUUGACCUUUAAGUGUCCGGCGAUUGACUGGAACCAGACGACUUGUCAACAUGUCCUGCUUUCUAAUGUCAAAGGUGUUAGAUCCUCUCCACACACACACACACACACACACACACACACACACACACACACAUAUAUACACACACACACAUA